AUGGUCAACCAGGUAUCUCCAGGACAACCAGGUGCUGGAUUUUGGGGUGAUUUACAUAAUUGUGAUAUUCCUUAUUGGACAGCAGAAGUUAUACUUCAAUAUGCUUCAGAAUUAGAAAAAGUAGAUUUUGUUUAUUACACUGGUGAUAUACCAUCACAUAAUAUUUGGAAUCAAUCUCGAGAAGAACAACUCUAUUCAUUAAAUACAAUCAAUCAAUUAUUAGCUAGAACUUUUCCUAACACAACAUUCUAUUCAGCUGUUGGUAAUCAUGAAGCAGCUCCGUGCAAUCUUUUUCCUACGCCUAAUGUUCGUUCAGAUAAUAUAACAUGGUUAUAUCAAGCAUUAGCUGAUAGUUGGAUUGAACUUGGUUUACCAGUUGAUACACAUGAAAGUAUCGAACGUGGAGGUUUUUAUACAACAACAAUACAACCAGGAUUACGAUUAAUUUCAUUAAAUAUGAAUUAUUGUUCUUCGGAAAAUUUUUGGUUAUUUAUUAAUUCAACUGAUCCGUUAAAUCAACUUCAAUGGAUGAUUGAAUGGUUACAAUAUGCAGAAGAUCAUGGAGAAAAAGUACAUAUUAUUGGACAUCUUGCACCGAAUAAAUGUUUAGCAUCAUUUAGUUGGAAUUUUCAUACAAUUGUUAAUCGAUAUGAAAAUACAAUUGCUGGACAAUUUUAUGGACAUACACAUAAUGAUGAAUUUAUUAUAAAUUAUGAUGAAAUCGAUCGUCAACGUCCUGUAUCAAUGGCUUAUAUAACACCAUCAUUAACAACUUUUUCUAAUCUGAAUCCUGGUUAUCGUGUAUAUAAAAUCGAUGGUAAUUAUCCAGGAAGUUCUUAUUGGGUACUUGAUCAUCGAACAGUAAUUAUGAAUUUAACAGCAACAAAUCUAUAUAAUAGAACAAUUUUUGUUGAUGAAUAUGAUAUUCGAUAUGCAUAUGAAAUGGAAAAUUUAUUUCCAAAUGAUUGGCAUAAUUUAAUUCAAAGAUUAAAAAAUGAUAUUGAUGGUCCAUUAAUGAGUUUAGUAUAUCAAUAUUAUACAAAAUCAUAUGCAAAUGGAAAUGAAUGUGAUCAUAGUUGUCGUCGAGGACUUUUAUGUGAUUUUGUAACAGCUCGAUCAGAAGAUCCUCAUUCAUGCGAUGCAAUUCCUAAUUAA